CACGGAGGGCGCAGCUCCUCAUCCUCCAGCUCAUCUGGUUCUUCAGAUGAUGAGUGGAAGCAUCUUCCAAAACAUGAGAAGAAGCAAAGAAAGAGAUGGAAAAAGCAGAUGAGGAAGGGCUUGAUUGCUCCAGGCACUCUUCCUCCAUGGCAUGGAGGAGGUCAUGGAGCCUAUCCUCCUGCCUAUGCCCAUGGAGUUCCACAUGGUGGACAUCAUGGAGUUCCCCAUGGUGGACAUCAUGGAGUUCCCCAUGGAGGAUAUCCUCAGGCUUACCCACCUGCACCUGGAAUGGGAGUGCCUGGUGCCCCUCCGGGGGCCUACCCCCCUCCUCCUGCAGCAUAUGGAGCUCCAGGUCAACAGCCCUAUCCUGGUGCAUACCCUGGACCUCCUCCUGCUGCCCCUCAUGGUGGAUACCCACCGCCUGGUGUUGGACCAGGAGGCUUUGCUCCACCUGGGUCUGGUGAUGGAAGCCACUCAGGUGUCCACGCAUCAGGGCAUGUUGGUGCUUGGGGCACACCCAAGCCAUGACCCUGCCUCAGGGCUACCACCUGCUAUGCUGGCACCCAGUGGAGGAAUAACGGCUGCUGCUCCACAUGGAACUGCUGCUGUCCCAGCUGGUGUGGAGGCAAUAGGUGCAGGCCUGGACCGUGUGACGCUGGAUGGGUGUGCACAGAUCUUCCGCCCCACUGUUGUUGCCUCCCCUAACUUCUCUGCCGAGCGUGACUCCGAAACUUUGCGCAAAUCCAUGAAGGGUGCAGGUACUGAUGAGCGAACUAUCAUUGGCAUCAUUGGUAAAAGAUGUAACACCCAGCGUCAGGAGAUUGCCAAGAUCUACAAGACCAUGUAUGGAAGGGACCUGAUUGCUGACCUGGAGUCAGAGCUGAGUGGCAACUUCCGGGAGACCAUCAUGGGCAUGUUUAAACCACCAGCCUACUAUGAUGCCUGGUCACUUAAUCAUGCCAUGGAGGGUCUGGGAACAAAGGAAUCAGUGCUGAUUGAGAUCCUCUGCACACGCAGCAACCAGCAGAUCCGGGACAUUGUGGCAUGCUACAAAGAGCACUUCAAACGUGAUUUGGAGAAGGACAUUAGUGACGACACCAGUGGCCACUUUAAGAAGCUCCUCAUCUCAUGCUGUCAGGGUAAUCGUCAAGAGCUGACCCCGGAGCAGCUGUCGCAAGUAAGAUCGCAGGGUGCCUCUGCUGUGGUCAAUGCCGAGCUGGCCCGCCAGGAUGCGCAGAAGCUGCAGGAGGCAGGCAUCAAGCACUUAGGCACAGACGAAUCGACCUUCAUCUCUGUCCUGGCACUGAGACACAUGUACCAGCUGCAGGCUACCUUCUCUGAAUACCAGAAGCUGACAGGUAAAGACAUACUUGAUUCUAUAUCCAGCGAGACCUCUGGGGACUUUGAGACAGGACUGAGAGCUAUUGUGCGCUCAGCCAAGAACAGACCAGAGUACUUUGCAGACAAACUUCAUGACUCUAUUAAAGGCUUGGGGACUGAUGAUUCCCGUCUGAUCCGCAUUAUUGUCUCAAGAUGUGAGAUUGACCUGCAGGACAUCAAGGAUGCAUACCUGACUAAGUACCAGAAGACACUGGACUCUGAGGUGGCCUCGGACACCAGUGGUGACUACAAGCGCAUACUGCUGGCUCUUAUUGGCUCGUAGGCUUAUUCAGGGUGAAGUUUCACGAACAACUAGCCUUCCCAUGUAUUCAGUAUGUAGCUUUGCAAAAAUCAAGAAUUCUCUAUGCACUUGUUUACUCUUUGAUUUUAAUUAUAUGGCAUAAGGUAUGUACUCACCAUGUAAGUGGCUAGCAGAAAAAUGAGCAUCAUCUGUAUGUAAAUGUGAAAAGUUAAAGUGCAUUAAUCAGCGGGAAGGCAUCAUUAUUGCAAUGGAGCAGCAGAAAGAGUGAAAAAUUGUUGAACUGCAAGCAUUCAGGGAUUCUCCUCCUGACAAGAACAAAAACUGGGGUCUACAUUGUACAAGCCAGGUUGGAGGAUGAUGUAUGCUGUAGAAGUCAGGAUGCCCAAUAAUUUCUGUCAAUGCUCAAGAAAGUGGUGUGUUUUCAAUGCACAUUUAAAAGAUUCAGUUGCGUUGGAUAUGGAAGGGGAAAGAGUUCCAUUGUUUUGCUGCACAGUAACUAAAAAUCCUGUGAUUGAAUGUUCUAGAUGCAACUGCGAACUGCAGUUUUUAAUCCUAAUAAGAGGAAAUUAAAUGUUUCAGGGUCUCAAAUGAAAAAAAAAAAACCUAACCUGAAUCAGAUUCAACAGAUAGAACAACUACAUCAUAUUUUCAGUAUGUACAAUGAAUGCAUAUUUCCUGAGGCCAUAGCAACAAUUUUUGUUUGAGAAUGUUAACUGUUGCAACCUCAUCUCCUUAUGAAAUCUGAUUGUGAACUGUAUUCCUUGAAGAAACUUUAUUCUCAGAAGUGCCAGUGAGUAUUGUUGGUCUUAUGACUGUGAUCACAUUGACAUUUUUUGCCCUUUGUUAUUGUACUUGCACGUGAUUUAGACACUCACAGUUACUAAGUGUAUCUUUUGCUUACAAUGCAUAGUGAUCCUGUUGUUUUCAUCCGCCAGCUUUUCUUCUGCCUGUUAGUGAUGAUGUUGUUUUAUUAGUAUUUUGCUGUUUACAUAGAGCAAUCCUUAAAUAUAUCUGUAUUUUUUAUCCUACAGGGAUGAUAUUUUUAAGGCAUGUAGCAUCAAGCUAUUUUAUCAUACCCAGACCAAUAUCUCUCUAUAUAUAUAUAUUUAUCUAAUUUACUGUUUAUUUCUUACUUUACUAUACUUUUUGUAUCCAAACAUAGUAUUGAUAUAAUGGAUGUGAAUUUGUACAUGAAUCUCUUAGGUCAAAUUGUCUGCAUUAAAUUGACCCUAUUUAUCUAAGUAUCUAAAUGGCAGACACAUAACACAUACCUACACCCACCGAGUGCAAGAAAUGUUAAAUGCAUAUGAAUUCCUGCACAUUAUUGCUUUCAAAUGCAUGCAGGUAUGUGACACAGGCAGAUGCAUAUGCACACACAUACACACUAUUUUUGCAGCAGUAGUGAUCAGUCAAAACAUACAAUUCACAAGGUCUCGCCUUUAAUGUUACAUAUUUGGCUGUGUUUAUGGUCUGAUACACGUGCUGAUAUUUUGACGCUUUUUGGACAUUAAAAAAUGUAUUUUAUUGUUAACAGAAUACUGAAACUACUUUUUUUUAUACAUUUUUAUGCACCUUUAGAUAUUGUUUCCACAAAUGCUUGAUUCUUUUUUCUCUCCUUUUGGAGCUUAGUUCUUUAUUUAUAUAUGGCUGUUAUAGAAAAAUAAAGGUUUUACUUUUUCCCUUUACCUUUAGUCUUUUUAGUUUGAAGCAUACUGUUUACACAAAUGCAGGCUAAAGCCCUGACUCAUGCAAGUAGUGAUGAGAUAAGACAUGGGAUAUGAGUGCUGUUUUUAUUUACAUACUGAUCCAGUUACAUGAUGCAGCUGCAAACUGACAUAGCUCACAAACCAGCUCCUGCCAGACAGAAACAGACAUGCAGAUAAAGAAUCCUCCAUCCCCUGGAUUUUUUAGGGAAACUGGCCAGUUUGGCGGGAAGGAGGGGGUCUAGUUACUGAUAAAUAUGGAUGAUGGCUGGGAAAAAGAUUUGCAUUAUACAGCUGAAGGAGAAAGGUGAGAAGGGAGUGGAUAUGAUAUAUUUAUUGAAGCCCAGCCGCAUGCUGCUGUUUACACUUAGUAAUGCUCACCAUGUUUUAAAUGGUCUGAUCCACCUGUAUCAAAAGAGUAAGGACAGCAUAUGCGCUAACAAUAACAAAAAUGAAGCCGAUGACACAAUCAUAUGCAAUGGCGUAGGAAGAUUCUGAACUCUGGUACCAAACUCUAUGCUGACAGUACAUCAACAUUCUUGCCUCCUCAGUAUCUUUUUUGAGGGGGCGACUGCCCCUCCUGCUUCCCUGAUAUGGUAGCUAUAUGAAGGCAUUAUUAAGUGCAUGUGAAAGUAACUCAUUUCUGAAGAGGAGAGCUAUUGGAUGAGUUAUUUCACUCCACCUCAGACCAAAAAACAAACUAGCAAAAAAAAUUUUUUUUAGCUAAAAAAAAAAUCAAAUGCAAAAGCAAACAUACAAAACAUUCCAAAAAUGAAAUUCAUGCUCUUCAUUAGCAGAUAUUCAUUACUCAUGCAAUUUUCACAGCUGAUGAGGACCGCCAACCAAUGGAAAUAAGAAAUGCUAAUUAGCAGAUUUUUUACAUUACAUUUCUCCACUACAUUUCUGCUCUACAGUGGAUUACAUACUCAUGACGCAAAAAAAAAAAAGUACAAACAACACGAAAUUAUACAAACUCAAAAUGCUUAUAGCACAGUUCCAAACACAGACCAACACAACAAUAAUACAGAAACAGCAACAGAGAGAAUACAAGGCAGAAAAAAAGAAAGCUGCACAUGCAAGCCAUCGUGCAGGCUGAUUCGAAAGGAUUAGGAAUCAGGACUAGGCGGAAUGUGCAGGUGUUUGUUGAACUGUGUAAAACACAAAUCUCAGCAGAUACAAGCUAAUCAUAGUUCACCCAUUGCAAGUGUCCAAACGACGACGACGACAAGUAGAUAAAUUUGGAUGGCACACAGAUUGAUGGUAGAGAUGUCUCAUCAGCACAAUAGCAGUGCAAAACAGUACACAACAGAGGGUCCAGUUGAUACACGUAGACCCAGAAUUUAAAAUGUGGUGAGCAAGUAAAUCGGAGAAGAGAAAGUGUUAAACUUACAGUGAAGUGAAUGGCACAAAUAAGGCUGUAGAGACCGUUAGUCCGAGAAAGCAAGCUGACACAGGCAUAAAAAAAAAAAAUAAUCCUGAACAGAAGAAGGCAGAAAAA